GUCUUAACUGGAGUACCUUGAAAAACAUUUCACAACUCUUUAACUUUUUUAUAAGUCCUGUUACCACCUCAAACUUUAACGUAAUUUUAUUGGGAUUUGGUACUAUAAAACUGAGUAGUGCAUAAUAGCACACAUAAAGAAGAAUUACACAGAAAUUUCCAAAGGUGUAUUAUGUGUGUAUACUCACUUCCCUAAUUAAUACUUUGAAGACUCACCUCUUAUUGCAGUUACAGCUGCAAAUAUUUUGUAUGUAUCUCAGCUUUGCUCAUCUUGAAGUUGCAAACUUGGUUCAUUAAUUUUUCUAGCUCGAGCUAAGUUAAUUUGAUCAGUUAAUUUGAUCUUUUAAAAACAAUUUUCAAUUGGAUUCAGGUUUGGACUUUGACUGGAAAAUGCUAGCAUCUGAAUAUACUGUGGUCUGAUCCAUUCCAUUGUAGAUUUUUCUGUAUGUUUAGGCUUCUUGUUCUGUUGUAAGCUAAACCCUUGGCCUAGUCUUCAGUUCAUUGCAAUCUCUUGCAGGCUUUCUUCCAGGACUGCCUCGUAUUUAACCUCAUCUAUCUUCCUAUCAUCUCUGACCAGGUUACCUCUCCCACCUGAAGAAAAUCAUUUAUACUAAAUGGUGCUGCAACCUCCAUGUUUUAUUGAGGAGGUGGUGUGUACAGGCUGAUAUGUAGUGUUAGUUCAAAAGCGCUGGAUAUUAUUUUGUAACACUAUUUUCCCCAUAACAUUAUCUGUGAUCGGUCUGCUGUGUUUCUUGGUCUUGAUGAUGCUAUUUGUUCAUUAAUAUUAAGAUUGCACUGGAUUGAAUUUAGGGAUAUCAGAGGAAAGGAGGCUGUAUACAUAUGCUGGUCACACUUUCAGAUUUUCAAUUUGUAAAACAUUUUUUAAAACUUUUUACUUCCACCUCACAAUUACUAUUUUACUACUAUUUUACACAUAAACUCCCAAUUUUUGGUUUUAAUAAUGCAAAAUAUGGGAAGCUUUAAGGGAUAUGAAUAUCUUUGCAAAACACCCCAAUGCUUUCUUUUCCACUCUUCAAUGGCCUGAAUAAAAAAGGUGAAAGAAAAUAAUUAAUCAGACGCAGCACAGUGUGCUUUCAUGGCUGCAAUUUACCGUUUCCCGCUGCUUUAUUUUUAUCCAGUACAGCAUGGAGAUGCCUCAGCUCACAGCUGAAGUAAAUUCCUAAAUGGAACCAUGCGUGUAUGUGUCUGUGUAUGUUUAUUUUGUUCACUUCUACUUGGAAUAAUACACACAUUAUUUUUUCUACAAAAAACUCCCCCAAAAAACCCCACACGCUUAUUUUGACACGUGGUGAAGGGGCAAAUAAUAAUUUUUUUCAGUUUCUAUAGAUGAUUUCUGUUCUCAUUUUCAUAAGAUUUAAUGGGCCAUGCGUGUUAAAAAUACAGCGAAACCAGAAGUGAAUUCAAUUGAGUCCUUGUCUGAGAGUCUGAGGUGAAAUCUGUCCUGUUUUUGUUGCCUAGGGAGACCUUGGAGGUCAUUAUCCAUAACCUCCCACUGACUUUCCGGUGCUGUGAAAGAGAAUCUGGAUGUUCGAAAUGCGGAAAAUCACUUCUCUUUGGUUACUAUAGUUUUAAUCUGAUAAACAGAGCCAUGCGUGCCAAAACAAGCCCCUUCAUUUGUAUGCAAAUCCCUUAAGUCUUGGUCUGCUUCCUUGAGCUAGGGGAAAAAAUCCCAACUUUGUGUAUUGAGUGAAAACUAUUCUUGUCACUCAUCAUGUCCUUUGCCUUCAAGCUGAGAAACCGUAAUUACUAGAUUUAAUGUUAUUUGAAAAAGAAGAGAUAGAAUUUGCUACCCAUCAGCAGUUUCUUUCGUCUCUAUCAUUAGUCUUUUUUCUGCCAAGCAUUUUUAUCACAGUACAGUAAAACGCCAUCCUCCAGGUGCAGAGGCAUUUCCUUUACACGAAAGGGAAGGCAAGUGAAAAGUGAAAUCAGCAAACAAAGAAAAAAGUUGGGAUUAUAUAUGAAAAGUUCUGGUUUUGAUUAUAACUUAAAUUAAUUUGUCUUCUGUUGAACUGCAUUUAGCUGGUUUAAUCUUCAUAAAUUGCUCAGUCUCUUAACUCCUCAAAAAUAAAUCUGAAAGAUAAAUCUUACCUUUUCUCUGAAUUAAUUAUUUGGGAAUGAUUUAUAAUGUGUUUAGAUGCAUUGCAAGAAUUUAUAUUUAAAAUAAAAGAUGUAAAAUGUAACAUGAGAUCAUUUGCAAUAGAAUGAGGAAACAAGUUUUCCUUCUCACUAUUGAUUAUGUAAAACAAAAUGACAAAUUUAUUUUGGUAGGUGAACCUCUUCUGGGAAAGUUCCCCACUGUUCCAUGUUUUCUCCAUUUGGCUCUCGCUGUGGUUUGCUGGAGUCUCAAAGCCUUAUGAAUGGGUUUAUAGUCUUUUCCAGAUUAGUAGAUGACAAUAACUUCCCUUCUCCUCUGUUCUCAAAGCCUCUGCUUUUUCUGUUAUUAUUGUUAUUUACUGUUAAGCUGUGGUUUAACAAGGUGGUAAUUAAUGCUUUAUAUAGGGCCAGGUUGACUUGAAUUAAUUUGAUUUAAUUUUAUGUAUCUACUAAGAUUAUUUUUUUCUGUUAGUAAAAGCUGCUUGAUACUUUUAAUAAUAGUUUCUCCACACCACUCUAAUUAGAUACCAAAGUGAACCAUCCAUUUGUUAAAAAAAACAGUUUGUGUAAUUUUACAAAUGUUAAAAAGGAAAAAAUGCUUUUUAUAUAACAAGAAACAGAAAGAGAGCAGUCUACACAAGCAACAGUGAGACGAGGCAAAAAGGUGUCUUCCAGAAGCAGACUAUCUUUUUGGAUUAGCACAAGGGCUUUCUCAUCUUCUUAGCUACUUGAUUUAAGCAGCCUAAAAAUGGUUAAUGCGAGAGAUUCUGCAGCACACUUUUAAAGUGUUGUUAUAGAUUAACUAGCUUAACAUGUCUGUGUGAGGAUAGCUCUGAAUUUUUCCCAUAGAAAUUAGCAUAAAAAGUUUGCUUGAAUACAGUCACAUCUGCAUCUACAAACAUGAUCAUUUAACAGGAACAAUAGUCCUAUUACAAUCCAAAUAGUACAAAUAUGAUCCAAGAGCAUGCAACAUUGUACAGAGUAUACCAAAGGAUUUUGAUUGACAUAUGACCUCAAGCAGGUUUCGUGCAAAGAAUUAAUCUACAGUUAUGGUGCACCUUAGAAAAGAUGUAAUUGCAUGUCUGCUCUAUUGAAAGACCUGCCACAAAAUUCAACAACUUAGAAAAAAUUCCCACUAGGGCCCACGCGUAGUGGUGUUUAUUUGAGUGUCUUUCAUUCCCCUUUUUGUGGUGUGUCAUUUUGCAUACUUUGGUGAGAGCUUAUUCUAUUAUUUUUGGAGUAGCACUGGAGUUCAAAGUAAGUGUGAAAAUUGGAGACACGCAGGCUGUCAGAGAGCAGAGGGUGAGGCAAGGAUUUAAAAAAGGUGAAGGCACGGGCACACAGAUAAAUACACCCCUGCAGGCACAAAAGGAGGCACAAGCAUGCAGCUGUGCACAGGCUCUCAGCAAAUCCUGUCAGCUGAUUGGUUCCAAUCGAUCAGGUUGGCUGAAAAAGAGAGCACAUUGGUGGGCGAUUGUUGUAGCUCAUCAGCCCAGUGAUGACAUCAUUCUGUCUGGGGUAGAGCUGCUAUUUUUAGCUAAAGACAGUAUGCAGCUGCUGCUUCUUCACCAGCAUCCACACAGAGGUUGACACAGGCAGGGAUUUGGGGAGUGUCAGUGCUGGAUAACACUGGAAGGCAUGACUUGGGUCUUUUUCAAAGAAAGGUAUUAGAGGCUCCCUGGGAAAUACAGUAAAAAGAAUGACUUAAAAUAAACUCAAAUUUCUCAUGAUCCAAAAGGCACUACAUAUUGAGAAAUCCCAGGUUCUUAAUCAAACAUGGUAGUAUCAAACAACAAUUUGCUGUAAAAGGUACAAUUAACUUGUAUGCUUUUCCAUUUAAGGUAAAGCUUUGAUGUUGCUUGCUUGAUGGUCCUCUAACUGAUAGUGGCUGGUACUAUUAACUGUUUUUGUAAGGCCUGUAUCCUGUUACAUAUUGUCUAAAACUGACACAGAACCUCAAAAAAGGCUGACUUGCUGACAGUUGAACUGGGUUGUGGUGUGGAAAUGAUCUGGGGAAGUUUUGCUGCUUGAUAGUGCUAAACCUUUUGUUGUCCUAGAUUUAGCAAGGUGUCAAGGAUUCCUCAGGUAUUUCAAUUUAUAAGACUGUCACACAGUUGCUGCAAAUUGGUUAACUGAAGAUUGAUCACGUGACUGUCCCGUCCACCACAUCCCAGAGGCAGACAAUUAACUUAAUUAAGGCUUUUGGCUACUCCAAUAGCCUUAAUUGUGAAGGUAAUUGGAGUAACCCAUUUUUCAUAUGCAAGAAGCCAGUUUGAGAUGAUUUAAGCUUUGUGACGUUGUGGAUUAUGCUACUGAGUGGUCAUAAUAGUUGAAAUACUUUCACACAUUACACAAAGACUGCCAAAUUUGAACCAGUGUAUGUGAGUGAUAUUCAGACAUUUGAAUGGCUUAUAAGCCAGAUGGUUCACACCAUCAAAAUUAUAUUAUUGAAUUUAUAAGGCCUAUAGUGAGAAUGAAAGAUACUUUGUGUAUGGAUGUAGACUGUGGAUAACUCUAAGAAAUGUGUAUCUGCUGCAUUGGUGUAUUGCUGUCAAUGAAGGAGCUAGCAUAAUCUAAGCUAGGCUACAGUCUAAUUUAUACAGAAGCUGGGCAGGAAAUCUAAACCACGAUGUGAGGCGUUGGCUGCAGGAUGGGUGGAUGCUGACACAGCUCAUUCAGGCUGCAGCUGGGAGUGCCCUCCCUGCUCCCAUCAUGUGCAUCACUGGUCAUCCACACACACAUACACAUCGUAAGAUGCUCUCCAUGAAGUCCUACCUUUCUGACAUCUGAUUAGGUGCUGUUUUUAUGACAUUGUCCUUUGUUCCACUGUGUCCAGGUCAGCAUGCCAGCUGGCCAGCUGCUGUUCUUCACCCCACCCCCUCACUGUAUUUGUGUGUAUUGAUUUUGAAUGUGAGCUGACGAGUCAGUAAAAGCAGUCUUAGGCCUUUUUUUUCUUAUUGAAUUUACCUUUGCUGUCCUUGUUUUACAGUGCGAUGUAGUUCUGUGGCCGUUAGCUGUUUAGACUCCUGGAUGUGUAAACGUCCCAGUUAGCAUUUCAAGUUAGCCUCCUGCAGCAGGAAAUCUCUGCAUUAGCGCAACACACACUCCCCUCCCACUGUUCUCUUCAUGCUGUCUCUCUCAUUCUCUCUCUCUUUCUGUUGCCCCUCCCCUCCAUGUGCAGACAAGGCAGCAUGCUCUAUGUGUGUGUGUGCAUGCGCAGAGUGGCUGAGGAUGCUGAAUGCUAGAGCAAAGAGCUGCAAGACUGAGGUGGAUCGCCUGGCCGGCUUGCAGCGUCUCUUUCUCAGCUGCAACAACAUCCACAGUUUUGAUCAGCUAGCCUGCCUUGGAGAGUCACAGUCCAUUUCUGAGCUCACCCUGGAUGGGAAUCCUGUAGCCCUGGAGACAUGGUACAAGCAGGCCGUCCUGCGCUGUGUGCUUCACCUGAGACAGCUGGACAUGAAGCGCAUCACAGACGAGGAUCGGCGCAUGGCAGGUGUAUUGACUCGAAAAGAGGAAGAAAAGAAAAAGGAGAGUCACAAGCAGACAAUUCAUAAGGAGAAGCGCCGUCUAGCAAUCCGCAAUGCGGCCCAGCAGUGGGAAGGUGUCAAAGCCUGCUUGGAGCUGCCUCCAACAAACGGCUCUAAGGAGGACGCUAGUCCAGAGAACAGUCCUGCUCACAGCCCUGCACAGACCAAUGGCCUUGCACAGGAGACAUCUCCAGAGGAACCAAGACGGAUAAGUCCAGGUUCAGGACCAGAACGACCAUCAGGCGGAACAGAAAACAGACUCCGCACCAACAGCCGUCCUAACAGCCCUCGAGAUCCAAAACUUGUGGAGACAGGGAGUGGCAACGUUCAGAGCUUGUCCUUGUCUGACAGUCAUCUGGCGGAGCUUGAUGGAGACACUCUGCGUUUAUUUGGACUUGGAGCCCUGGAGGCCCUGGAGAGAGGCUGGGGGGUUCAGACUGCUGGUGCUGUCAACAUCAUCACCUUCCGCUUCAUUAAUUUUGAUGCCAUCGUUCCCACACUUCCUAGGAUAAGAGUCAAGUUCCCAAAUCUGUCGCACUUGAUAUUUCUGGAAACCAACAUCAGCCAUCUCCCCCAGCUCGCUGCUCUGGCUCAGGUGAGGCGUCUGGACCAACUGACCAUUCAUCCAGAAGGAAACCCAGUGGUCAGUCUGGCUUUGUGGCGCUCAUUCAUCAUCUAUCGUCUCUACCACUUCAACCUUCAAAAAAUCAAUGGCCAGGAGGUGACCAUGAAUGAUGUAAUUGCUGCAGAGCGUGUAUUUGGGACACUGGGUCACAUAGCAGCCACCGAAACCCCACGUUGCCGGCUCCUAUUGCUGCUAGAAGAGUCCAGGAAAAGGCAGCUGCAGUUCUUGUUGGAGGGGCGUGGUCGGCGAGCGGGGCUGAGUCCAGAGGAGCUUCGGGAUAAUGGGAAGCUCCUGGGUGAAGGCCUGAGCAGAGCACUCUUUAACUAUCCAAGCAGAGACUGUAAUGCAGAGAGCCCUGAGGAGGGCACCGUGGAGUCAUCGGAGCGUGCCGCCGUGAUAGAACAAUACCUCCAGGAGUUGGUCAAAAGGGCAUCAGACACCAAUCUGAAGGGUGAGGCUUUACACAAGCUCUGGCCUUCCAUGUUUGCAGAGAUGGUGAGAGACUGCGUGUUGGAGAUGAGGGACAGAGGGGCCUUCCGCCAAGCCAGUCUUGCAAAGCUCACUGAGACCAAGUGAAAAGGACCAAAGGUUCACCCUAAGAUCACAUACACAUUACCAAAUGUGGACAAUGCUACCUGCUGUUUUUUUUUUUUUUGUUUUGUUUUUUUUCCCACGUCAAACUCCCAAUUCUUGGCGCUUCAUCUCCUUCUGAUUUGAUCAGUUGUUAGCUGGAGGCCCUUUUGAGAUGGAGGAUUUAAAGAUGUCUGUAAAAUUGUCUGCACAUCUUGACUGAAUGUAGAUUUUCACUGAUUCCAUUCCUCAGAGUGUGGAGCUGUAUCAUGCCUAUGGAAGCUUAAAAGGACUCACUGACUUGUGGUGCACUGACUUCCCUAAAAAAAAUCUUCUGCACUUUAAAAGCUUUCUGAAUGAAAUCCUGCACCGUCCUCGACUGAAAAUUUCCAGAGUCUCUUUUUCUGGAGAAUACAAGGAUUUUUCUGUCUUCUAAUCAGCAUCAUGCAUUAUUAUCUCACUUCGUCCUGCCUGACAUGAAAGAAAGGGCACAGACAAACACAUGGUCUUUUUUGUUUACUACUGACUUUCUGUAUUGUACUUAGUAUUAAAAGAUUAUGCAUUAACACAAA